AUGCAUGACUCUACUACUCUUGAUGAGCCUUCUACAUUUCGUGUGGCUUCUUUCUCUCCUGCCUGGAUUAAGGCUAUGGAGGAAGAGAUUUCUGCCUUAACAAUGCAGGGUACAUGGUGUCUGGUCCCUCGCCCUGCUAAUACAAAUAUUGUUGGCCCCAAGUGGAUUUACAAGAUCAAAAGAAAUUCAGAUGGGACAGGGUUUAGUCAAGAGGCUGGCUUUGACUACGAUGAAACCUUCAGCCCAGUGGUACGUCAUACCACAGUUCGUCUUAUUCUCAGUUUAGCUGCUAUUAAUGGCUGGUCUUUGCGGCAGCUUGAUGUCAAGAACGCCUUUCUCCAUGGCGAUCUUGACGAGGAGGUUUACAUGAAACAACCACAAGGGUUUGAAGACUCUUCUCAUCCUGACUAUGUGUGCAAAUUACAGAAGUCUUUAUACGGUUUAAAACAGGCUCCAAGGGCCUGGAAUGCAAAGUUCACGGGCUACUUACCUUCUCUUGGUUUCAAAAUGUCACAUAGUGGUCCAAGUCUGUUUGUGAAGAUUUCAGAUUCAGCUAUCGUUGUAUUGUUGCUCUAUGUCGAUGAUAUUAUUCUCACAGGUUCAAACUCUCAAGUUGUUCAAGAGGUUAUUACAGAUCUUGGUUCAGUGUUUGAUCUCAAGGACUUGGGUCCUCUUACCUUCUUUCUUGGCUUACAGAUUUCGUAUAAGUCGAAUGGUGACCUUUUUAUUAGUCAACAGAAAUAUGCCAAAGAUCUUUUAGUCAAGGCUGGGAUGGAAUCAUGUCAGCCCUGUCCAACUCCAUCUAAACCUCACACACAGGUUCUUCCCACAGAUGGUGAACCUUUAAAGGAGCCAUCAGUAUACCAAAGUAUAGUGGGUGCUCUUCAGUACCUAACGUUUACAAGACCAGAUCUCGCCUAUUCUGUUAACACUGUCUGCCAAUUUAUGAACAAUCCCACAGAGGUUCAUUUUCAGUUGGUUAAAAGGAUUUUGCGCUACAUUCAAGGCACUUUGCACUAUGGUCUUACUUACUCUUCGUCUGUUCCAGUUUCUGUGUCUGCAUAUAGUGAUGCAGAUUGGGCUGGGGAUAUUACCACUCGACGAUCAACCACAGGAUUUGUUGUCUUCUUGGGUUCCAAUCCAAUUUCAUGGCAGUCUAAGAAGCAGGGGUCUGUCUCCCGUAGCUCCACUGAAGCUGAAUACCGUGCUCUUGCUAAUGCUUCAGCACAGGUCGCUUGGAUUCGUCAGAUACUUGCAGAUCUUCAUGUCUUUCUCCCAGAUCCUCCUCUGUUGUUUUGUGAUAACAUGUCUGCGUUAGCUCUCAGCUCUAAUCCCGUGUUCCAUUCUCGCAUCAAACAUUUGGAUGUCGACUUCCAUUUUGUUCGAGAACGUGUACAACGCAAAGACUUCUUAGUGCACUACAUUCCUACUGAUGAGCAGGUGGCAGAUGUUCUUACUAAGGGGCUUCAUAGUCCAGUAUUUGUUAAGCAUUGUACCAAUCUCAGUUUAGGCACCCUGACUGAGAUUGAGAGGGGGUGUUUACCCAAUGGUUAG